AUGGUUGUCCUGAAUCCAGUGACUUUGGGAAUUUAUCUUCAGCUUUCCUUCCGCUUUAUCAUGUCUCAGCCUUCUUUCAUCAACAGCGUCCUCCCCAUUUCAGCAGCUCUUCCCGGCCUGGAUCAGAAGAAGCGUGGUGGCCACAGAGCAUGCUGCCUCCUGACGCCCCCUCCCCCACCACUCUUCCCACCACCUUUCUUCAGAGGGAGCCGAAGUCUGCUUCUCUCCCCAGACAUGAAGAAUCUUAUCCUGGAACUGGAGACUACGCCGUCCUCAUGCGCGCAAGGAUCGCUCGGCUCCCCUGGGCCGCCUGGCCCCCAGGGUCCACCGGGACUUCCUGGCAAGAUAGGACCAAAGGGAGAAAAGGGGGAGCUUGGCCUACCAGGAAGGAAGGGUAGACCCGGCUCCCCGGGUGUUCCUGGCAUGCCUGGGCCAGUCGGCCCUGAAGGACCCAGGGGUGAAAAAGGUGACCUGGGUAUGAUGGGCUUGCCAGGGUCAAGAGGACCAAUGGGCUCCAAGGGCUACCCUGGAUCCAGAGGGGAAAAGGGAUCCAGAGGUGAAAGAGGUGACUUGGGUCCCAAAGGAGAAAAGGGUUUCCCAGGAUUUCCUGGAAUGCUGGGGCAGAAAGGUGAAAUGGGUCCAAAGGGUGAGCCUGGGUUUACAGGACCCAGAGGACCCAGGGGAAGACCAGGAAAACGAGGAAAGCCGGGGCAGAAGGGAGAUAGUGGAGUAAUGGGCCCACCAGGCAAGCCUGGGCCUUCUGGUCAACCUGGCCGUCCAGGUCCCCCAGGCCCCCCGGGCCCCCCAUCCGCAGGACAACUUGUGAUGGGACCCAAAGGGGACCGAGGAUUUCCCGGGCCUCCAGGAAGCUGUCUUUGUGAAACCCCUACAAAUGUGAAUAACCCUUCCUAUAGGGAAUCCGUCUUUGGGCCCAGUUCGCCUCACGUUCCUGUGAUUUUUGUAGUCAACAACCAGGAGGAGCUUGAAAAGCUGAACACCCAAAACGCCAUUGCCUUCCGCAAAGACCAGAGAUCUCUGUACUUCAAGGACAGCCUUGGCUGGCUCCCCAUCCAGGUGACCCCUUUCUACCCUGUGGACUACACUGUAGACCACCGCGGCUCCUGUGGGGACGGGGUCCUACAACCCGGGGAGGAGUGUGACGACGGGAACAACAAUGUGGACGAUGACUGCAUCAGCUGUCACCGGGCCUACUGUGGAGAUGGUCACCAGCACAAGGGCGUGGAGGACUGUGACGGCUCUGACUUUGGCUACCUGACGUGUGAGACCUAUCUUCCUGGGUCGUAUGGAGACCUGCAGUGCACCCCGUACUGCUACAUCGACUCCACAUCCUGCCGCUACUUCACCUGA